AGGAGGAUGUCGGCAUCUGAAGGCGGGAAAGGUGAGAGCAGCCUUCCACCCCUGCAGACCCUUGGAACCAGCCUGGAACAGUGGAGACCCUUCGACAUCCUCAUCCUGCUGACCAUCUUUGCCAACUGCGUCGCCCUGGGGGUCUAUAUCCCCUUCCCAGAGGACGACUCCAACACUGCCAACCACAACCUGGAGCAGGUAGAGUACGUGUUCUUGGUGAUUUUCACGGUGGAGACCGUGCUCAAGAUCGUGGCCUACGGGCUGGUGCUCCACCCCAGCGCCUACAUCCGCAACGGCUGGAACCUGCUCGACUUCAUCAUCGUCGUGGUGGGGCUGUUCAGCGUGCUGCUGGAGCAGGGGUCCGGACGCCCGGGGGAUGCCCCGCAUACCGGAGGGAAGCCGGGGGGCUUCGAUGUGAAGGCGUUGCGGGCGUUUCGGGUGCUGCGGCCACUGAGGCUGGUGUCUGGGGUCCCGAGCCUGCACAUAGUGCUCAAUUCUAUCAUGAAGGCGCUGGUGCCCCUGCUGCACAUCGCACUUCUCGUGCUCUUCGUCAUUAUCAUUUAUGCCAUCAUCGGACUCGAGCUGUUCCUCGGACGCAUGCAUAAGACGUGCUACUUCCUGGGAUCUGACGUAGAGGCGGAGGAGGACCCGUCGCCCUGUGCAUCGUCGGGAUCGGGGCGAGCUUGCACGCUGAACCAGACCGAGUGCCGUGGACGCUGGGCAGGGCCCAACGGAGGCAUCACCAACUUCGACAACUUCUUCUUCGCCAUGCUGACGGUCUUCCAGUGCAUCACCAUGGAAGGCUGGACCGACGUGCUCUACUGGAUGCAGGAUGCCAUGGGGUAUGAGCUGCCCUGGGUAUAUUUCGUGAGUCUCGUCAUCUUUGGAUCCUUCUUCGUCCUCAACCUUGUGCUUGGCGUCCUGAGUGGGGAGUUCUCCAAGGAGCGAGAGAAGGCAAAAGCACGAGGGGACUUCCAGAAGCUUCGGGAGAAGCAGCAGCUGGAGGAGGACCUGCGGGGCUACCUGGACUGGAUCACACAGGCGGAGGAGCUGGAUGUGGACGAUCCCUCAGCUGAUGGCAACUUUGGUUCUGUGGCUGAAGAGGGCCGGGCCGGCCACCGGCCCCAACUGGCAGAGCUGAUCAGUAGGAGACGAGGACGGCUGCGUUGGUUCAGUCACUCCACCCGCUCCACACACUCCACCAGCAGCCACGCCAGCCUUCCAGCCAGUGACACUGGUUCGAUGGCAGAGACCCCAGGGGAUGAAGAAGAGGAAGAGGGGCCUCUGGCCAGCUGUACACGCUGCCUGAACAAGAUCAUGAAAACCAGGGUCUGUCGCCGCCUCCGCAGAGCCAACCGGGGCCUUCGGGCAAGCUGCCGGCGAGCUGUCAAGUCCACGGCCUGCUACUGGGCCGUGCUGCUGCUGGUCUUCCUCAACACGCUGACUAUCGCCUCGGAGCACCACGGGCAGCCUGUAUGGCUCACCCAGAUCCAGGAGUAUGCCAACAAAGUGUUGCUCUGUCUAUUCACGGUGGAGAUGCUUCUCAAGCUCUAUGGUCUGGGGCCCUCUGUCUAUGUCUCCUCCUUCUUCAACCGCUUUGACUGCUUCGUGGUCUGUGGGGGCAUCCUGGAGACCACCCUGGUGGAGGUGGGCGCCAUGCAGCCCCUGGGCAUCUCAGUGCUCCGAUGUGUGCGUCUCCUCAGGAUCUUCAAGGUCACCAGGCACUGGGCAUCUCUGAGCAAUUUAGUGGCGUCCCUGCUCAAUUCAAUGAAAUCCAUUGCAUCCUUGCUACUUCUCCUCUUCCUCUUUAUCAUCAUCUUCUCCCUGCUUGGCAUGCAGCUGUUUGGGGGCAAGUUCAACUUCGACCAGACCCACACCAAGAGAAGUACCUUUGACACCUUCCCCCAAGCCCUCCUCACUGUCUUUCAGAUCCUGACGGGUGAGGACUGGAAUGUGGUCAUGUAUGAUGGUAUCAUGGCCUAUGGCGGCCCCUUCUUCCCUGGGAUGCUGGUGUGUGUGUAUUUCAUCAUCCUCUUCAUCUGCGGCAACUACAUCCUGUUGAAUGUGUUUCUUGCCAUCGCUGUGGACAACCUCGCCAGCGGAGAUGCAGGCACUGACAAGGACAAGGGCAGGGAGAAGAGCACAGAGGAAACUCCAAAGGAGAAUGGAGCAUUGGUGCCUGGUGGGGAGAAUGAGGAAGAGGAAGGUGCAAAGAAUGACGGAGCAGGCAUGGAGGAAGAGGAGGAAGAGGAGGAGGAGGAGGAGGAAGAGGAAGAGGAGGAAGGGGGUGCAGGGCAUGUGGAACUCCUGCAGGAAGUUGUACCCAAGGAGAAGGUGGUACCCAUCCCUGAGGGCAGCGCCUUCUUCUGCCUCAGCCAAACCAACCCGCUGAGGAAGGCCUGCCACACCCUCAUCCACCAUCACAUCUUCACCAAUCUCAUCCUGGUGUUCAUCAUCCUCAGCAGUGUGUCCCUGGCCGCUGAGGACCCCAUCCGAGCCCACUCUUUCCGCAACCAUAUUCUGGGGUACUUCGAUUAUGCCUUCACCUCCAUUUUCACUGUGGAGAUUCUACUGAAGAUGACAGUGUUCGGGGCUUUCCUGCACCGUGGCUCCUUCUGCCGUAGCUGGUUCAAUCUGUUGGAUCUGCUGGUGGUCAGCGUGUCCCUCAUCUCCUUUGGCAUCCACUCCAGCGCCAUCUCGGUGGUGAAGAUUCUGCGAGUACUCCGAGUACUGCGGCCUCUCCGAGCCAUCAACAGAGCCAAAGGACUCAAGCACGUGGUGCAGUGUGUGUUCGUAGCCAUCAGGACCAUCGGGAAUAUCAUGAUCGUGACCACACUCCUGCAAUUCAUGUUCGCCUGCAUUGGCGUGCAGCUCUUCAAGGGGAAAUUCUACAGUUGCACCGAUGAGGCCAAACACACACCCCAAGAAUGCAAGGGCUCCUUCCUGGUGUACCCCGAUGGAGAUGUGUCACGGCCCCUGGUCCGGGAGCGGCUCUGGGUCAACAGCGAUUUCAACUUUGACAAUGUCCUUUCAGCCAUGAUGGCCCUGUUCACGGUCUCCACCUUCGAAGGCUGGCCUGCGCUGCUCUACAAGGCCAUUGAUGCACAUGCAGAGGACAAGGGCCCCAUCUACAACUACCACGUGGAGAUCUCAGUGUUCUUCAUUGUCUAUAUCAUCAUCAUCGCCUUCUUCAUGAUGAACAUCUUUGUGGGCUUCGUCAUCAUCACCUUCCGUGCCCAGGGCGAGCAGGAAUACCAAGACUGUGAGCUAGACAAGAACCAGCGCCAAUGCGUAGAGUAUGCCCUCAAGGCCCAGCCACUCCGCCGCUACAUCCCCAAGAACCCACAUCAGUAUCGCGUGUGGGCCACUGUGAACUCUGCUGCCUUCGAGUAUCUCAUGUUCCUGCUCAUCCUGCUCAACACAGUUGCUCUAGCCAUGCAGCACUAUGAGCAGACUGCUCCCUUCAACUAUGCCAUGGACAUCCUCAACAUGGUCUUCACUGGCCUCUUCACUAUUGAGAUGGUGCUCAAAAUCAUCGCCUUCAAACCCAAGCAUUACUUUACUGAUGCCUGGAACACAUUUGAUGCUCUUAUCGUGGUGGGCAGCGUAGUGGACAUUGCUGUUACUGAAGUCAACAACGGUGGCCACCUUGGCGAGAGUUCUGAGGAUAGUUCCCGCAUUUCCAUCACCUUCUUUCGCCUCUUCCGAGUCAUGCGGCUGGUCAAGCUUCUCAGUAAGGGGGAAGGGAUUCGCACGUUACUCUGGACAUUCAUCAAGUCCUUUCAGGCCUUGCCCUAUGUGGCUCUUCUCAUCGCAAUGAUAUUCUUCAUUUAUGCAGUCAUUGGGAUGCAGAUGUUCGGCAAAGUGGCUCUUCAGGAUGGCACACAAAUUAACCGAAACAACAAUUUCCAGACCUUUCCACAGGCUGUUCUGCUUUUGUUCAGGUGUGCUACUGGUGAGGCAUGGCAGGAGAUAAUGCUUGCCAGCCUUCCUGGGAGCCGGUGUGACCCCGAAUCUGACUAUGGCCCUGGUGAGGAGUUUAGCUGUGGUAGCAAUUUUGCCAUCGCCUAUUUUAUCAGCUUCUUCAUGCUCUGUGCCUUCCUGAUCAUAAACCUCUUUGUGGCUGUGAUUAUGGACAACUUUGAUUAUCUGACCAGAGACUGGUCCAUCCUGGGCCCCCAUCACCUUGAUGAAUUCAAGAGGAUCUGGUCUGAAUAUGACCCUGGGGCCAAAGGCCGCAUCAAACACCUGGAUGUGGUUGCCCUGCUGAGACGCAUCCAACCCCCCCUGGGAUUCGGGAAGCUAUGCCCACACCGAGUGGCCUGCAAGAGACUCGUGGCGAUGAACAUGCCUCUCAGCUCAGAUGGGACAGUGACAUUCAACGCCACACUCUUUGCCCUGGUUCGGACAUCCCUGAAGAUCAAGACCGAAGGGAACCUGGAGCAAGCCAAUCAGGAGCUGCGGAUUGUCAUCAAAAAGAUCUGGAAGCGGAUGAAGCAAAAGCUGCUCGAUGAGGUCAUUCCGCCGGCUGACGAGGAGGAGGUUACCGUGGGCAAAUUCUACGCCACAUUCCUGAUCCAGGACUAUUUCCGCAAAUUCCGGCGGAGGAAAGAAAAGGGGCUGCUAGGCACGGAGGCCCCCCCAAGCACGUCCUCUGCCCUUCAGGCUGGUCUGAGGAGCCUGCAAGACCUGGGUCCUGAGAUCCGGCAGGCCCUCACUUGUGACACAGAUGAGGAGGAGGGGGAAGAGGGACAGGAAGGAGAGGAGGAGGAAGAGGAGAAGGACCCAGAAACGUACAAAGCCUCCGUGGGCUCCCAGCCCCCAUCCCGCCGGAGCUCUGUGAUUUCUGUGUCUCUGCCUGCCGGAGACAAACCUCCAGAUUCACUCUCCCUUGGACCCAGUGAUGAUGAUGGGGGGGCUCUCAACUCCAGACAGCCCAGUGUGCCCCAGGCUGGGUCCCAUGCCCACAGGAGAAGCUCUGGGGUUCUCAUUUUCACCAUUCCGGAAGAGGAAAGUUCCCAGCCCAAAGGAACCAAAGGGCAGGAGAAACAGGAUGAACAAGAGGAAGUCCCCAGCCAGCACUCUGGCCACGACACGCUCUCGUACCUAGAUGAGCAGGCAGGGAGUCCCCCACGCCCCAUCCUUGUGCCACCUCACAGACCCCAGAGAUACAUGGAUGGGCACCAAGCACCACGACGUCGUCUGCUACCCCCGACACCGGCAGGUCGAAAGCCUUCCUUCACCAUCCAGUGUCUGCGGCGACAGGGCAGCUGUGAGGAUUUACCCAUCCCAGGCACCUAUUAUCGUGGGCGCAACUCGGGGCCCAGCAGGGCACAGGGCUCCUGGGCCACCCCUCCUCAGCGGGGCCGGCUUCUAUAUGCCCCACUGUUAUUGGUGGAGGAGGGUGCAGCCGGAGAGGGAUACCUCGGCAAAUCCAGUGGUCCACUUCGCACUUUCACCUGUCUGCCCGUGCCUGGAACCCACCCGGACCCCGGCCAUGGCAAAAGGGGCAGCGCUGACAGCCUGGUGGAGGCCGUGCUCAUCUCCGAGGGACUGGGCCUCUUUGCCCGCGACCCACGCUUCGUGGCUCUGGCCAAGCAGGAGAUUGCAGAUGCAUGUCGCCUGACACUGGACGAGAUGGACAGUGCCGCGAGUGACCUGCUGGCACAGGGGACCAGCUCCCUUUAUAGUGAUGAGGAGUCCAUCCUCUCCCGCUUUGAUGAGGAGGACCUGGGAGACGAGAUGGCCUGCGUCCAUGCCCUCUGAAUUCCCACCUCUCCCCUACUGCUCAGUAAACCUCCAAUCCUCCCUUCCUUGGAAGGAGACAGGCAUGGACCACACCCCUGGAUUUUGGUGUCUUUGCCCUGGAGGCCUGGGGCCACCCAGCAGCCCCGAUCCAUCCAUCCAUCCAUCCAUCCAUCCAUCCAUCCAUCCCGUUUCAGCCCUGAGCCACUGCCCACACAUGGGUAUUUCCAGAAACCAGGACAGCCAGGCCUGAUUAUUCAGCGUCAGGGAAGGAGGGAGGAGGAGGAGGAGGAGGAAGAGACAGCAGCCA